AGGGACCCAUUCGCCAUGGAGGGCGCCGGCGGCGAGAACGACAAGAAAAAAAUUAGUUCUGAACGUCGCAAAGAAAAAUCCCGAGAUGCAGCCAGGUCUCGUCGAAGUAAAGAGUCUGAAGUUUUUUAUGAGCUUGCUCAUCAGUUGCCUCUUCCCCAUAAUGUCAGCUCACAUCUUGAUAAAGCGUCUGUUAUGAGGCUUACCAUCAGCUACUUGCGUGUGAGGAAACUUCUAGAUGCUGGUGAUUUGGAUAUUGAAGAUGAAAUGAAGGCACAGAUGAACUGCUUUUAUUUGAAAGCCCUGGAUGGUUUUGUUAUGGUUCUCACAGAUGAUGGUGACAUGAUUUACAUUUCUGAUAAUGUAAACAAAUACAUGGGAUUAACUCAGUUUGAACUAACUGGACACAGUGUGUUUGAUUUUACUCAUCCAUGUGACCAUGAGGAAAUGAGAGAAAUGCUUACACACAGAAAUGGUCCUGUUAAAAAGGGUAAAGAGCAAAACACACAAAGAAGCUUUUUUCUCAGAAUGAAGUGUACCCUAACUAGCCGGGGGAGAACUAUGAAUAUAAAGUCUGCAACAUGGAAGGUACUUCAUUGCACAGGCCAUAUUCACGUUUAUGAUACCAAUAGUAACCAGUCUCAAUGUGGAUAUAAGAAACCACCUAUGACAUGCCUGGUGCUGAUAUGUGAACCCAUUCCUCAUCCAUCAAAUAUUGAAAUUCCUUUAGAUAGCAAGACUUUUCUUAGUCGUCACAGCCUGGACAUGAAAUUUUCUUACUGUGAUGAAAGAAUUACUGAGCUGAUGGGAUAUGAACCUGAAGAACUUCUGGGUCGUUCAAUUUAUGAAUAUUAUCAUGCUUUGGAUUCUGAUCAUCUGACAAAAACUCAUCAUGAUAUGUUUACUAAAGGACAAGUCACUACAGGACAGUAUAGGAUGCUUGCCAAAAGAGGGGGAUAUGUCUGGGUUGAAACUCAAGCAACUGUUAUAUACAACACAAAGAAUUCUCAACCACAAUGCAUUGUAUGUGUAAAUUAUGUUGUGAGUGGUAUUAUUCAGCACGACUUGAUUUUCUCCCUUCAACAAACAGAAUGUGUCCUCAAACCUGUUGAGUCUUCAGAUAUGAAAAUGACACAGCUUUUCACCAAAGUUGAAUCAGAAGAUACAAGUAGUCUCUUUGAUAAACUUAAGAAAGAACCUGAUGCUUUAACUUUGUUGGCCCCUGCAGCUGGUGACACAAUCAUCUCUUUAGAUUUUGGCAGCAAUGAUUCAGAAACUGAUGACCAACAACUUGAGGAAGUUCCCUUAUAUAAUGAUGUAAUGCUCCCCUCAUCUAAUGAAAAAUUACAGAAUAUAAACUUAGCAAUGUCUCCAUUACCUGCCUCUGAGACUCCAAAGCCACUUCGAAGUAAUGCUGACCCUGCACUCAAUCAAGAAGUUGCAUUAAAAUUAGAACCAAAUCCAGAAUCAUUGGAACUUUCUUUUACUAUGCCUCAGAUUCAAGAUCAGCCAGCCAGUCCUUCUGAUGGCAGCACUAGACAGAGUUCACCAGAGCCUAAUAGUCCCAGUGAGUAUUGUUUCGAUGUGGACAGUGAUAUGGUCAAUGAAUUCAAGUUGGAAUUGGUAGAGAAACUUUUUGCUGAAGACACAGAAGCAAAGAACCCAUUUUCCACUCAGGAUACAGAUUUAGACUUGGAGAUGUUGGCCCCCUAUAUUCCAAUGGAUGAUGAUUUCCAGUUACGUUCAUUUGAUCAGUUGUCACCAUUAGAAAGCAGUUCUACAAGCCCUCAGAGUGCAAGCACAAUUACAGUGUUCCAGCAGAAUCAAAUGCAAGAACCUGCUAUUAUUGCCAACACUACCACUGCCACCACUGAUGAGUUAAAAACCAUGACAAAAGACAGUAUGGAAGACAUUAAAAUAUUGAUUGCUUCCCCAUCUUCUACCCACAUUGCUAAAGAAAUCACCACUGCCACAACAUCACCUUACAGUGAUACUCAAAGCCGGACAGCUUCACCAAGCAGAGCAGGAAAAGGAGUCAUAGAACAGACAGAAAAAUCUCAUCCAAGAAGUCCUAACCUGUUAACAGUCACAUUGAGUCAAAGAACUACAACUGUUUCUGAGGAAGAACUUAAUCCAAAGAUAUUAGCAUUGCAUAAUGCUCAAAGAAAGCGAAAAAUGGAGCAUGAUGGUUCACUCUUUCAAGCGGUAGGAAUUGGAACUUUACUACAACAGCCAAAUGACGGUGCAACUACUACAUCUCUUUCUUGGAAACGUGUAAAAGGAUGCAAAUCUAGUGAACAACAUGGAAUGGAGCAAAAGACAAUUAUUUUAAUACCUUCUGAUUUAGCCUGUAGACUGCUGGGGCAAUCAAUGGAUGAGAGUGGACUGCCACAGCUGACCAGUUAUGAUUGUGAAGUUAAUGCGCCCAUACAAGGCAGCAGAAACCUACUGCAGGGUGAAGAAUUACUCAGAGCUUUGGAUCAAGUUAAUUGAGCUUUUUCAUAAUCUCAUUCCUUUUUUUGGACACUGGUGGCUCAUUAC